UCGAAUUGUGAUCGUGUGUGCUGGUUCUCGCAAGUGAGUCUGCCGUGCUCGGUGGUCGUCUCCUUCUCUCGGCGCCUGCUCAAAAUGGCGCUACACCCAUCCGCACACCUAUUUUCAGCCUCAUUCACACUCAUCCGCAUGUCUCCUUUGCUAUGCGUCUCUUUGUCUCACUGCAUUCUUGUCAUCCUUCCUCUCUCUCUCUCUCUCUCUCACUCACUCUCUCUCUCACUCUAUGCAUACCCACAAGAGCUUUGCACGGCUGACAAUGCGGAUGUCGAUUUACCCGCCCAUGCAUGUAUUGCUGUUUGUUUCUGUCAACGCAAGUUGGCGUUAAGUGGUCUUGUGUCGUUAAGAUCGGCCACUCGAAGACGGCCAUGUUGUCUGCGGCGAGCGCGGAUUCGGAAGACGACUCGUCGAGGCCGACUCGAGGCAGAUGCACCUCGCCGAGCGACACCAACCAAUGCACCAUCCAAACGUCUCACCUUGACACAAAACGGCCAACUGGCCGAGCAAUCUCUCUCUCUCGCUCGCUCGCUCUCUCUCGCUCUCAAACAGCCAAACCACCAAGUCAUCUUCCAGUCUAUUCAUUAA